AUGUCCAAGAUCUGUUUGUACAACUCCCUCCAUGGCUCCUUAAUGCAUGCUACUGGCCACAGGGAACUGUGGAUAAACUGGGACAGCACUUCUAAGUUUUCCCAGUAUGGCUGGAGGUGCACCACCAAUGAAAAUGAUUACUCAGUGAAAAUCCUUAUGGGGAACUGGAAUGAAGAGCGAUACGAUAUCCAGAGAAUUGUGCAGCCCAAGCCACUUCCUUCCCAGUAUACUCACUGCUUUGAAACAACAUACUCUUCAGAUUACAACAAAGGAAAGCAUCAGAGAAUAAAAAGAUUUGAACGAGAACCUCAUUGGUUUCCAGGCCACCACCCUGAGUUGGAACCUCCUUCGUUCAACCCAACUGCUCAGUCCUGCUACACAAUAGACUACAGGCCUCCAUAUGGCCAUUUUCUUUGCUUGUGUCCAACACUCAGAGAAGGAACAAGAAUGAUGCAGGAAAAGCAACAGAGAUGGAGAGAAUCUGCAGACUAUGCCUUCAGAAAAGCAGCAGGCCUGUCUGCUAGCACUGCUACAAGGAUAUCCUUCAGGCAAAAAGACCUGUCACACAUUAAAGCCAAAUGUAGCAUCAUGUGA